CAGUUCGUUUGCAAUUCAAGUUCAUAUUUUUCUCAGGUCACGCGAGUCUCGUCAAACUCAACCCCAUCGCAAACGACCAUUUCUUCCUCCUUCGGACCGUGCACACGCCGUGAUCCAUGUGCUGAUGCUCGCCUCAGGAACAGUGUUCUUAUCUGUCACACUGUGACACACAGAGAGAAAGAUUGGAUAACAUUAAAUUACUCUGCUAUUGUUGUCUCGGAUGCGGUCACUGAGAUCUGAUGUUUCUACAGUUUUGGAGAGAGAGUGAAGGAUGAAGGAGGAGGAGAUUCGCGUUGGAGACUUCGGCUUCCUCUUUCCCUCCUUCCAUUAGCUCAUCCUUCUUUAAGAGGGCUGUUGAUGGACUUGAGGAGAGAUGGAUGUGCGUCGAAGAUGGCUCUUCUCCUAUGUUGUGCUCUAGUCUGCCUCUUAUCCUUUCGUGCUCUCCUCACCAGUCCUCACUCAGAUGCUGGAAGCCCAAGCAGUGCUUCUCAUGCUCAGGAAGCGUGGGCAGGAGGACGGCGGGAGCUGCGGGGCGGGCCGGGGUCGUACCCCCCGCUGUGCACGGCCAAGUGCGGCGAUUGCACGCCUUGCGUCCCGGUCCACGUGGCGGUGCCGCCGGGCAGGCCGGUGAUCGCCGAGUACUAUCCGGAGGCGUGGCGGUGUAAGUGUCGCAACAAGCUCUACAUGCCCUGACCAUCGUCUACCCGACUCCUCGCCAGGUGUUUGAUGAAUUGUCCGAUCAUCGAUCCCCUCACCUCCACAUGAACACACGACCGAGGAAGGGAUUGCUACUCUUCGUGAUCGGACCAACAUGGGGCGAGUUCGUUCAUGGCUUGCCUGGCAUCAGGUCAAAGAUGCCGAUGCUGUCAACGUUGGUACGCAAUGAAUCAAACAUGUGAAGGACAUCCGAAUUAGAGAACCAUGUAUGUUCAUUUGUGUAGACACUGGUGUACAGGGUUCUUAUGAUAUCACAAUCUUUAAUAUCCACAGUAAUUUUCUGCCA